AUGGCUGCAAACACCACUGGCACUCAUGCGAAUGACCUCAACGAGUCUCAAAGGUACGAACAUCCAUUCACGGAGCAAUAUGAGUGGGACAACGCCCGCCAUGAUCCGAACCUGAAGAAACACGUCCCGCGGACCCUCAUUGAAUAUCGCAUGUGCGCCCUCAGCGCAGCCAUCCGCGAUAAACCCGAUUGGCACAUCAAAUUCCGCGACGAGGCCAUUCGGGAGGAGUGGAAGAAGGAAAUCCGAGAGCAACAAGUGCAGAUGCACCCGAGCCUGCAACUGACCGAGAACAUGAUACGCAUGCUAUUGACUGCUACUAUCAACUAUAUCAUGGGUGAAUUGGAGGCGUAUGCCCCCGGGAGGGCCUCGUCGUCGACGAGCCCUGCGCAGACCUCCUCGUGGUCCGGGGGCGAUACAGCCUAG